GAGAAGAUGAACAGGCUGAUUUUAGCGGUCCUGUUCGCGGUUCUCUAUCAGGUACUUGCAGUUCCGUUGUACACCGAGGAAGAUGAGUAUCAUUUCAAAUCAUGGAUGUCUCAGUACAAUAAAAAAUAUGAGAUAAAUGAAUUUUACCAGCGGCUGCAGAUAUUCCUGGAGAACAAGAAGAGGAUUGACCAACAUAAUGAAGGAAACCACAAGUUUUCAAUGGGACUGAACCAGUUUUCAGACAUGACCUUUGCUGAAUUUAAAAAGACUUACCUCCUGACGGAACCCCAGAACUGUUCAGCCACUAGAGGGAAUCAUGUGAGCAGUAAUGGGCUUUACCCUGAUGCUAUCGACUGGAGAACCAAGGGACACUACAUUACUGAUGUCAAGAAUCAGGGACCCUGCGGGAGCUGCUGGACUUUUUCCACCACAGGCUGUCUGGAGUCUGUCACUGCUAUCGCCACAGGGAAACUCCUGCAACUAGCAGAGCAGCAGCUUAUAGAUUGUGCAGGUGAUUUCGACAAUCAUGGUUGCAACGGAGGACUCCCGAGUCAUGCCUUUGAGUAUAUCAUGUACAACAAAGGUCUUAUGACAGAAGAUGAUUAUCCCUACCAGGCUAAAGGGGGUCAAUGUAGAUUCAAACCACAAUUGGCUGCAGCUUUUGUGAAGGAAGUUGUAAACAUCACAAAGUAUGAUGAAAUGAGCAUGGUGGAUGCAGUUGCCAGGUUGAACCCUGUCAGCUUCGCAUAUGAGGUGACAUCUGAUUUCAUGCACUACAAGGAUGGAAUUUAUACCAGCACUGAGUGUCACAACACUACUGACAUGGUAAACCAUGCUGUGCUCGCUGUGGGUUAUGCUGAGGAGAAUGGAACGCCAUACUGGAUCGUGAAGAACUCCUGGGGAACCAACUGGGGGAUUAAAGGAUAUUUCUACAUUGAAAGAGGAAAGAACAUGUGUGGACUUGCUGCGUGUUCAUCCUAUCCUAUACCUUUGGUGUAAACAAAAGAAACGCAUGAAAAGGGAGACUUUUUGUUUUUACAUAUUUCUACUCUCACACAAAAUCAUUUUAUGCACAAUAGUGUCAGUGAUGAGCCAUUAUAGUCAAUACUAGUUUUCAUGAAAUCAGAUAAACACUUAUUUUAUUUUUAUAUGUGCAUUGAUUUAAAACAUACAGUAACGCACACUCGAUUAGCCUCCAAUGUAGUCACUGUUGAAGGAGUUUACUUUGUUAACAUUCAGAUUUUGUGUUUUUGAUGUUUGCAUCAAAAAGUAUUGUACUGAAAUAAAUAUUUUCUCAGGGA